AUGGGAACCGAUCCCAUUCCUGUACAGGUUGAUGGUGAGCCAUGGCUUCAGCCUCCGGGCAUUAUGCAGAUUGUGCAUAAGAAUCGUGCUCAGCUCCUUGUUAGAAACCCUGCAUUUGAUGCUGCACUGAAGAAAUGGGAAGAGCAGAAGGAGCGAACGACUGCGCCGUCAACGCCUACUUCUGUAUCGACUUCCUUGAUGGCACCUCCCGGUGAAGAACUGCCUUUUGUUCGUCGUGCUGCCGAGUUCGUGCAAUUGGUUGAGAGCGAGAUAGCUCAACUUGGAGUGAGCAGCGGAUUUCUGGAAGCUUUGGAAGCAGCAGCAAUUUCCGUGCGUGCUGCCGAAGAAGAGGUGAGUGUGAAGCAUUUGGGCAAGCGAAUAAGUUCUCUAAAUUUUCUCUCUGCUGGUCGUCGGUUGUAA